GUGUAACAGUGGGCGUGUGUCGCUGGCUUCCGUACAUGUGUAUACUAUAUGUAUGUGUAUACUGUAUGUACACGCUCGUCGGCAAAUAUUGUAACGCUGUUUCAUUUUUCCCGGUCUGUGUGAAUUAGCGAGUAAGAUUUGGGGCGUCAUAAUCCAGAAUGGCAUUCAACUUUGGAGGAAGUAGUGGAACAGCUGGCACCAACAGCUUUGGUUUUCCAGUAGCACAAACAACUGCCAGUACUGGAUUUAAUUUUGCUAACACUACAACAAGUGCUGGUGGAUCUACCUUCAGCUUUGCUCCUGCGCCUCAAGCCACAUCUAGUUUUGCUCCUGCGCCUCAAGCCACAUCUAGUUUUGCUCCAGCAUCUCAAGCCACAUCCAGUUUUGCUCCUGCAUCUCAGGGCGCAUCCAGUUUUGCUCCAUCUCAGGGCACGCCCAGUUUUGCUCCUGCAUCUCAAGCCACAUCCAGUUUUGCUCCUGCGACUCAAGCCACAUCCAGUUUUGCUCCUGCAACUCAAGCCGCAUCCAGUUUUGCUCCUGCGACUCAAGCCGCAUCCAGUUUUGCUCCUGCGACUCAAGCCGCAUCCAGUUUUGCUCCUGCGACUCAAGCCGCAUCCAGUUUUGCUCCUGCGACUCAAGCCGCAUCCAGUUUUGCUCCUGCGACUCAAGCCGCAUCCAGUUUUGCUCCUGCGACUCAAGCCGCAUCCAGUUUUGCUCCUGCGACUCAAGCCGCAUCCAGUUUUGCUCCUGCAUCUCAGGCCACAUCCAGUUUUGCUCCUGCUUCCCAGGCCACAUCCAUUUCAACUGGAUUGAACUUUGGCACAGGCACUACAGCUACUCCUGGGGGAGCUAGUGGAGGAUUCAGUUUUACAGGAACUCCUGCCACCAGUGCAACAGGAAGCAUCCUUGCAUCUGCCAUCAGUGGGACUCCCCAAACAGCAACAGGAAACUCCUUCAGUUUUGCUGCACCAAUCUCUACGGCAUCUAGUGGCGGGUUUUCCCUUUCUGGUACCACUCCUGCAUCAACAACUGGAUUAUCUCUGGGAACGUCCACUGCAUCGCCAUUUACUUUUCAGCCCAAACCACUGGGUGGAGGAGCAACAGAAGCUGCCAAGACAACAACAUCCACAACUACUCAACCAAUUCUUGCUUUUCCAGUUUCCAAGUCUUCAACAAGUAAUUCUCUACUAGGAACAGCCACUACUACUACUACUACAUCUGGAGUCACCACUGGAAUUUCUCCAUUCUUCCCUACUCAGACUUCUGCUCCUACUACCACCACCUCUGUACUUGGUUCAUCUUCCCUUGUUGGCACGACACCUGCGUCUUCUGCACCAGCUGCCACUACGACUGCUCUUGUCACCCUCACAACUGCAACUAGCACAAGCAAUGCAACCGGUGCUGUGACGCUCCCCGGAGCUACACCAACGUUGAGUGUUGCAGGGUUGGAGGAGAAGGUUAACAAAUGGGUGUCAGAGUUAAAAGAACAAGAAGACCGGUUGAUGAGGCAAGCUGCCCAUGUUAAUGCCUGGGACCAGCUCCUCCAGCAAGGUCAUGACCAGGUCCAGCAUCUCAGAGACACCCUGAAUAAGGUUAAGACUGAUCAGACUAGACUACAGGCAGAGUUGGACUUCAUCCAAGGUCAACAACAAGAAUUAGAGCAGCUAAUAGAGCCCCUGGAGGUUGCUGCAGCUACCACCACUCCAGCACAACAUCAAGGAGACCGGCAACGAGAAAACAUGCAUCAUGUUGCACAGAGCCUUGAUUCUCAACUUCGUCAGAUGACUGAUGACUUGUGCAAAAUUAUUGAACACUUGAAUACAAACAAUGCUGGGUCACAAGCAACAGAUCCAGUUAAUACUGUGGCACGUGUUUUAUCAGCUCACAUGGACACAUUAAAAUGGGUUGACCAGAACACUGCAUUACUAACUCAAAAGAUUGACGAUCUUUCUCGUGUAUCAGACGCCAAAAUUAGGGAUUAGAAUGCACUUUUUUAAGGUAAUAAAUAUUUUAUCAUUUUUUGUUUUGCACAAUUUCUGUCAGUAGCUCAGCUUGUACAUAGACCAGGAAUUAGAAAACUGUGUUCAUUUUGAUUAUCAGUGUCAAAUGUGUAAUCAUUAGUAAUGUACUGUAAAAGAUGUUGAGGAUAAUCGUCUGCAUACUAGUUUAAAGUAAAUGUGUUUGUUCUGUAUUAUGUUAAUUUGUUUUAUAUAUGCUAUUUGUACAAAGUUUAGUAAUAUAUAAAUUGUAUAUAUCCCAAUUUGUCUGGGGUUAGGUAAAACACUAAGAAUAGAAAUUUUUUUAUAAGCUGGCUAAUUUUCUGGAAGUUAAAAAAGUCAUUUUUUAAGUUAAAAAAAAAUGCUUUGAACAAGAAAAAAGCUGGCAGGCAGAGCUUGUGUUUUUUGAGGUUUUGAUGUGUGAAACAAGUACAGUACAAAAUAAAUUUUUGAAGUUUACCUGGGCCAUAAACUGCUACCUUGGUGCUCUUAAAUAUUUAUGUAUGGAUUAGUCAGAAAUGUUCGAGAUUGAGUGACAAGACAAAAUCGGCAACUUUACCCCAAUAUUCGAUCACCAUCGCUAAUGUUUACCAGAUGUUCAGUCACCGUCGCUAAUGCUGUUCCAAUAUUGGAUUUAAUGAAAGUUGUUGAAGAUGCUGUAGUUGGGUAAUGAUGCAUUAGGUUCAGGGAUAAAUUGCAGAGUUGAAAUAUCUAUCAAACUGAUGAGUGGAUCUAAUAAUAAUAUUAAAUGUGAAUGUUCAAAAAGCUUUUGAUAUAGGUGGUGAAACUUUGAACACUAUGAAAAUAUUAAAAAGUUGUAAAUGCAAAUUUAUAGUUAAAUUAGAAAAUGGGCUGAAAUGAGAAAUAUCAUUGUAGUGAAAGUCCAUGGGACAAAACAUUAGAACAGAUACUGGGUUGGGAUUUAGUAUGGUGCGGUUCAAUAUGAUUUAGUGUGCCCCCUUCCUCAGUGGGUGGUUCCUUGAUGCAGGUAGGAAGGGGUAGUUUCUGCUCCUCCUGUGUGCUGUGAUGGUGAACAAGCAAAAUACACUGCCGUGUUUUUGCCAUACAUGGAGAUCCAUGCAUUCCUCCUAUGUCCUUCGUCUGGUAGAACUGAGCCUACCCAGUGGCUGCAGCCCUUGGAGAGCAAUAUGCUUCUUUGGCGAGGGUACAGGUAAAAAAAAAGGAAGUCGAGUGUGACCAACUUGAGCCAAUUAACUUGUCUAAUUGGCUCUCCUCAUUAGGCAUGCUGUCCCCCGUUGUCACUGGUGAUUCCCGUGUGUAUAGGGGAUAUGAAACUCAUGGAGUCUCAUUUUUUAAACCUGUUAUUUUCUGGGUCACCUCACGUUGCUUACAUCUGAGUUAAAUGCUCAAAAGCCCCCUCACCUUAGUUAUAUUCUGUACUUGCUUGGGAGCUGAUAAAAUAUACUCUCUUGUUCCAUCUAAGCUCAAUUAUAGCUGUCCUGCAUAGUCCUCUGUCUGUUGACCCUUCUUAUGCCCCGUACCAUACCAGUUUAUGCCUCGGCUCUGGUACCUUUCAUUUGUCCGCAGCCCAGAGCUUGUAUGUUGAAUUCACCAUCCUGUCUCUACAGGAUCAUUGUGAUCGUUACUGCUUUCAUUACAUUGCAGAGGGUCUGUAACAUCUGCGCUACUGCUUCUAUCAUGCUUUGACCACUGCUCCUCAGGAUGGACUUAUUUCCUGCACGUAUGGUCCAGACCAUACUUGCCAUGCAGUCCAUAUGGACAAUUUAUUAUGGUCUGGGUCAGACCAUACUAUAUUGUAGUCUAUGAAAGAAUUGCAUAAAAAAAACAUAUAAUAAAGGAUAUUAUUAUUUAGUGCUGUACACUAGAAGGCACUUGAAUUGGCUAAUUUUCAACUUAUGAUGUUUUAUUUAACCUAAAUGUGAUAUAGUAUUUGAGUACUUAGCAUUAUAUAAUCCCAAUAAUUUUAUUUUAUAUAUUUCAGUUUCCUGUCGCCAAUAAAGAUGUUGAAAGCUGAA